AUGCAAUUCGCCACUUCCUCGUCAAGGAGCAACAACUCUUUAUACCGCUCUCGUACAGUUUCAGAUAACGCUUCAUCUGGCUUCAUUACGAUGGAACUGUUUUUCUGUUCGCACUCAGAAUCAGAUUCGCCCUGCGAUAAGCCAUCCAGGGGUUUCUCUCUGGAUUCAUUAUUCCAAGUCGCAAUUGCUAGACAAUCAAAACCUGCUAAAGAGAGGUCCUCAUUCACGUUCCAUUUAGGGUCAUUGAUUUCCUCUCCCAUGUCAAAUUGUGGCAGUUCCGUCCCAAGUUUGUGGUCUUUUCUUUUCUUAUCUUUUCUCUUAUCUUUCUUUUUCUUUUCCUUCUUUGCCUUUCGUUUUUCCUUUCGUCUCUCCCCUCUACAUUCAUUAACAGGAUCAUCAGUGCUCACAACUAGUCUUAUUAAAUUGAAUGAGAACUCACUAAGGCUAUCGACAAAUCUAACAAAGUCGUUUAACGUCCUUAGUGGAUACAAAACACCCUCACCUUUCUUCUUCCAGUAG